AUGUCGAGCAGAAUUGAAAGAGAAAGCAGUGGUGACAACUUGCUCGUAAGUAUCUUCCUCGUGGAUCAGCUUGGGCGAAUGGCUGAUGAGUUCAGGCACAUCUUCUGUCACGGCUGCGCAGAAAGUCUCGAGCUCUCUCGUCCAACCACCAGCAAUAGGCUCUGUCCUGCUUGUCAGACGGUACUUCUUAAUCCAGAUGACGCUGUUUCGACAAUCUUGAAUCCGACAGAGGACUACAAAACGAGCGUGCUGAGUGGGCUGGAUCCGAAUACAAUCAUGGAAUGUGCCGGUCGCGCACUUGCGUUUUGGGCAUAUCAAAGCACACAAGAGAUGUCUGCCUCACCUCCUCGGCAUAAAAAUGACACCAUGAGACUGCCCAAGACUGACUUGAGCAGAUGCUACCAGGAGUACCGAGCGAAGACGCUUACUGAGAAGUACGCUAGUCUGAAUACCCAAAUGGACAAGGUCAUUCACAAUGCCAACACAGAGAUCCUGUCACUCCAGAACAAGCUGUCCGACAUGCAAUCAUCUCAAGAAGAUCUCCAAAAGAAAAACCAAGAAUUGAAUGACCUGUACCGUGACAAGAAUAACAAACUUGCUCAAAUGACCAAUCUCUACAACCUCCUCAAAGCUCGUGCCAUGCGGUCCCGGAUGCAGACCGCGGCCUCGGACACAGUCUCCCAAGCUCUCUCGACACUCAAUGCUCCUCCUCCGGUCUCCAUAUCUCGGUCCGAUGUCCCAGCGCUGCUUCCAGCCCCAAUCACACGAAACCCCAAGACUCCCACUUUCCACGUCAAUCCAGAUGGAGUCGAGCAGCUUCACAGGUACCAACGAAGCGGCAAUGGCAGUUCUAAAAGGGCAAGGACGAGGACACCUCGCGAAACCCCAAUGCCACUCCCUACUGGUCCAAACUGGGAUGGACAAAAAAGCAAAGCUCCUGAUCAUGCUCUCCAACAUCGUACUCGACUUCCACGCAUUUCUAGAACUCCGACUGUCUCAUCCGAGUUACCUCCUGGUGAUGCUCUUACGCAGCGGUUUGGGCGUUGA